CAUUUUGUAGUGUGUAGUUUAAAAAUAUAAUUUUUAUUUUUCAAUUUUGUAUAUUACCCCAAGUUUGGUCCUUUUUUUCUUUCCACAACCUGAAAGGCUAGUCUGAAUCUUAGACGAAACAUCCAAUCUUCGCGAUCUGAAAAAAAUGGAGACGGAAGUUCCCUCCGACGAAGCAUCCACCGUCGCCGGCCUUCUCCCACUUGCUUGCGCCUCUCAGCAGCAAUACGUCUCCGAACUCCUCUCCUUCACUCUUGAUCGCCUUCACAAGGAGCCGGAGCUGCUAAGAGUCGAUGCGGAACGAAUUCGGAGGCAGAUGCAGGAGGUGGCGGUGGGAAAUUACCGGGCGUUCAUCUCCUCUGCGGAUGCGCUGCUUGCUAUUCGAGAGGACGUCUCUUCUAUUGAUAAACACCUUGAAUCUAUGAUAGAUGAAAUUCCUAAGCUAACUUCUGGUUGCACUGAGUUCAUCGAAUCUGCAGAAGAAAUAUUAGAGAAGAGAAAGAUGAACCAAACAUUGCUUGCCAAUCACAGUACUUUACUUGACUUGCUUGAAAUUCCUCAGCUUAUGGAUACGUGUGUUAGGAACGGAAAUUAUGAAGAAGCUCUUCAUUUGGAGGCAUUUGUUGCCAAGCUUUCAACAGUGCACCCAAAAUUGUCUGUCAUCCAAGCUCUUGCAGCAGAAGUUCGGGAGAUCAUCCAAUGCCUUCUCUCUCAGUUGCUUCAAAAACUUAGAUCAAACAUUCAGUUGCCAGAAUGCCUCCGUAUCAUUGGAUACUUGCGGCGAAUAGGAGUGUUCACUGAGUAUGAAAUGCGCCUACAGUUUUUACGAUGCCGUGAGGCAUGGAUUACCGGGAUUCUUGAUGACUUGGAACAAAGAAGUGCUUACGAAUAUCUCAAAGGGAUGAUUAAUUGUCACAGAAUGCAUCUUUUUGACGUUGUUAGCCACUACCGUGCAAUAUUUUCUGAUGAUACAUCAGGAAGGGAAGAGAACUAUGAUGGCGGGCUUCUAUUCAACUGGGUCAUGCAUCAGAUUUCUUCCCACCUCAGAACUCUUAAGGUUAUGCUUCCCAAGAUCAGUGAAGGCGGAUUAUUAUCAAAUAUUUUGGACCAGUGCAUGUAUUGUGCUAUGGGACUUGGUCCAGUUGGAUUGGACUUUCGUGGCUUGCUCCCCCCUCUUUUUGAAGAGGCAGCCCUGAAUCUGUUUAGCAAGAACAUGAAAACAGCAGUUGAGAAUUUUCAGUUGGUCCUGGAUUCUCAUCGCUGGGUUCCAUUGCCAGCAGUUGGGUUUCCUGCUAGCAGCCUCGGUGAUGAAAAGCAUGAUGAUGUCGCUCCUCCAAGUCUAAUGGAGCAUCUGCCUCUUGCUGUUUUUAUUAAUGGUGUAUCUGCUGCAAUGAAUGAUUUGCGCCCUUGUGCCCCUUUGAGCCUGAAGCACGUGUUUGCUCAAGAAUUGGUCAAGGGAUUGCAGGCAGUAUCUGAUUCUUUACAGAGAUAUAACAUAACUCGCAUGCUUCGAGAGAAUGAGUCUGUGCUUUUUAUCUCACUCUGUCGUGAAUUUAUUGAGGUCGCCUUUCCACAUUGUGUCACAUGCUUUGGUCGCUGUUACCCUGGUGGCGCCCCUUUAAUAGCGGAUGCCAAGAAUUUAUUUGAAGGAAUUUACAAGCUAUUGGCAACCUCCUCUCCCUCCCGAGAACUACCCAAACCGAUUCCUCCCACUGUUGAGAACAAGAGCAUAUCCAACAAAGGGAACUUGUCUUUGCAAAACGGUAGCAGCAGCGAAGAGAGUGGCGGGGAUAUGAACUCUGAGGAACAAAACAUUCCUACUGUCGCGGAGGAAGAAGCUGCCGAUCCAUAGUUUCAAAGUGAACAUUCGGCACCUCAGAAUGUAAGUCUAUUGUAUAUGAACAUGGCACCGAUCAAGGUUCAACAUGAUUUCUCUUCUACCCUCUUAUCCCAUGUUCCUAAACCUUUAAAUUUCUUGAGGAUUUUAGCAGAGUGUGGCCCAUCAGGUUGGCUAAGAGUUAAGACUACUCACUCAUUCCAGGCGGGAGAGAUUAUAGUUUCCAUGAAUAUAUAUAUUUACUUGGUAUCUGCACUAAUUUAUUUAUUUAUUGUCUGCAACUGCCAAUGUCAUCUGCUACAUAUAAUGCCGAUUAUAAUACACUUGUUCAUGGUGU